CUACGCCCCGAAGAUGGGCAGUGGCUCCUUCCGUCUCGCAUGGCCUGCUCCCUGCCUUGGCACAGCGACGACAGCGUGAGGCUCCCGAGGGAUCAGCCGAUCCCACGACGACUCGUCUUGAUGCACAGCACCAGUUGGGCCAGAGGAUUCACGCACAAGUGGGGCCAGCCACGCCAGAGAUGCACUCAGCCAGUUGUCCGUAGACUGCCUUCUUGGCUGGAUGUCGUGUGCUCUUCGAGCCGGUCUUGGGAGCGUCUCUUUCAUCUGGUCGGUCAUGAUGUCUCCGUUACGUUGUGCUCUGUGCCGGAUGAGAGCCCGCUCUACCCAGUGAUGCCACUGGUGGAAAGGGAUGGACCGCCGUUGGGCCUCUUCAUACAGAGGUCUGGCGUCGACCGUGCACAGAUCUUCCAUGAAUGGCGAGCUGAGCUUGCAGGCAAGGACCUGUGGCAGGCAUGUCCGGGGGAGAGGGUGUUUGCCGAAGAACGGUGCACAUUAUUGACAGGUCUCACCGUCAGACGGAAGUAUUCCUCUUUGUGGUCCUUGUGUCGCGGAGGCGGCGGGCCAACAUCUGAUUGCACCUCGGUCUCUCUUACGGAGGCACGACCAUUCUCCGCUGGCCCUUCCUUGAUGCCCUGCAGGUCAAGAGGCGGGACGGGGUGUGCUUCAGCCUCGGCCACCUCUGCAUGUUGGGACAAGACCUGGCUUGAUGACCUGAGCGCUUUCUCUUCUCUCACCUAGCUGCAUCGACUCGUGAAGCUCAUCACGGAUGGACGAAAACUGCAAGCAGAGGGGUUGAGAAGCGAAGUGUUGUCAGAAAGAGCCGUGCCGCCUUCACUUACGCGUCUCUUUCUGUUGACAAUAUCUUCUGGGGACCCCGCCUCCGUCUCCUCAUCAUCACUCUCCUGGACCGGCUCCUGCUGCUGUGCUUGCAUGGCGGCGAUGGCUUGCUCGUAUUCAGCCUUGUCGCGCUUGCUCUUCCUCAAUGUGAAGUCGAGCACUGUCUGCAGGUCAUGCAGCCGCCUUUGUUCGUCCACGAGCUCCUGCUGACAUGACGCCAACUCGGUUUCAAGCUGGGGAGACGGGAGGAGGACAACAGGGAUGUGACUAUGUUGCUGUAGCGAGUGUCUCUGUGGCUGCACCUUAAUGCAUUGCUGUCUCCAGUGGUCGCAUUUCUUUCGCCAUUUGUCGGCCUCUCUCUCGCGAGUCUCUGCUAGCUCAGCCUUCUCUUGUAGUGCUGCAGGGCACCAACCACAUACACACUCGGUAGACAAGGACGCCCUGGGUGAUAGAUAUCGUGUCUCACUGGAGAUUUGCGCCUCCUGCCGUCGCGUCUUCUGCGUGGCUCUCGCGAGCGCGCCUGCGGAGAUAUGUGCCUGCUGUUGAGCAAAGAAUGUCUCGUCAUAUGUGCUUCGUACCCUUCAGCGAAGCAACUUCGGCUGCAAGGUUGGCAACCUCGCCUCGGAGGGCAUCAUCACUCUCCUGUAAAUGACAGAUUGUCGCAUCCAUGCGGCAUGGGCAUGGGGGGGGGGGAUGCUAUUUCCUUGUGUCUCUGUAUCGGCUCCAUACUUGCUCUUGUCUUUUCCUGUCACUGCCCGCCUCCGACGAACGACGGGACGCUGACGCGCGAAGAACCUGCAGCUCUGCCGUCAGCUCGCCCACCUGCAGCCACCAAUCAUGGCGGUGAAGGGUCCUUAUCUGAACAGCUGGCUGCAUACCUGUGUUUCGGCCUCUGCUAGGGAACUUCUAAGUAGACCGAUGCGACGCUCGUGAGAGCCCCUGUCCUGUGGAUGUGCAGCAAGCAAGUCAUAUGGCGUGGUAGGCAUGGUGCCGCGUCUCAUCUGUCUGCCCCACCUCUACGAGUGUUCUGAGCUCUUCAUUUUGCUUCUCCGCCAGCUCCCUCUCGCGGCGUUGCUCCUCCAUCCUCUCGUAAAGGAUACCACACUGGAUGAAAACCACACACCAAGACGCAUGAGAAUUGGGGGUUUGUCCAGCUCCUUCGCACACCAGUUCGGCCGCCAAUCGGCAGUCAUCCCUUCGGAAUCCCAGCCUGUCGUCGCCCCCGUCGUGUACUUCAUGUGCACAGUAUUUGUUGCGAAGGUCCCCCACGAGCACUGCCAGCUCACUGAGGGGCAUCUCAUGGCUCAGGAGGCCGUGGUCCGUUGUCGCAUCAUGAUAGCUGCUCGCCUUCCUCGGCCGCUCGUCUGCGUGGUCUUCAUAUACGGUGAGGUCGGACGUAGACGCAGCCCAGAGGGAUGGGUAGCCUUUCGUCACAGACAU